AUGACUACACGAUCCCCAACUCGCACUAAUACGCAUUCACAAACUAAUUCAAUUACAACAAAUAAUAAUACAAACUCGUUUGGCAAUCAAUCGAUUGAUAGAAUACCUCAAGUAGAUUUAGUCAUAUGCGCAUCCUCUGUUAAACUUCCUCAAUUUUGGACAAAUUGUCCAGAAGCAUGGUUUGUACACGCCGAAAUGCAAUUUGCAACUAAAGGCACUACCAUAGAUCAAACCAAAUACGAAUAUAUUAUAACUGCUCUUCCACAAGAUGUUAUAAUAAAAGUGUUGGACAUUAUUCAGAAUCCAACUACAACUGAUCGAUACCUCAAUCUCAAAAAAGGUUUGAUUGAACGUCACCCAUUAAGUGAAACGUCUAAAUUAGAUAAAAUACUAUCUAAUAGCGAUAUGGCUAUUAUUUUGCUGGCUCAAAUUUUACCUCGGAUAUGCUAA